AUGGCGGCACCACGAGAUGCCGCUGUUCUCGCAGCGCUAAAGCAGCUAGAGGACAUGCGGGGGUGCCUGCACAGCGCCCUUCGCGAAGCCGCCUUCAGCUUCACGACUGCGCAGCGGGAAGAGGAAUCGACGCGAGGCCGUUUCGUAUCCUUGGAUGCGGUACCGACGGCCCAAGGCACUCUCGAAGCACUCGUGUCUCUCACACAAACGUCCGCCACUACCUCGACAAGUGGCGUCGAGGAGACUCGCUCUGACGAGAGCGAUGAAGUUGUCCGAAUUCACAGCAGCGGUUGUGCGUGGGAGAUGGUGCUAAUAAGCGGUGAACGAAGGAGGAAGCAGCAAGUGCCCGCAGCUGCGUCACAACACGCGUCUCCCGCGCCCGACCCUGAAAGUGAACGGUCAGAUCUCUUUCCUCCAGACCCGAUCUACUACUUUAGUGAGCACCCCUCCAGUGCCCUACGAGAGUGCCAGGAAGCCUACAGGCGCGUGUUGCGCUGCGCCGUCGACACCGUGAAUACGCAGCAGCGAGCGCUGACGGAAGCAGUGGCAAUGGCGAGGCCAGGUGCACAAGAAUCGUAA